UCCAUGCUCCAGCUCGCUGCCACUCAUGGUGUACUUGAAGCAUAUGCUGUGCCGUGCGCGUGGCUGUGCUUUCCUGUUCCAUUUCAAGCCUUAUGUGUGUGGCAAAUCACCUGCAUUCCCAGUAUGAGGUCCAUCAUACCUAUGCCCCAAACUGUGGAUGUGCACGGCCCGUGCACAAAACAGACAGCAAGGGAUACUGCUCCUAGACUCUCCCUGAAGACUUGCAACACACUAGUGUUCUUUUCCCUGUCCCUACCAGAGUGACCCAACCUGAUGUUGAUCCGCAGAUGGAAGUUCCCAUCUGAUCUCACGCGUGAGAUGUCACACCAGCUUCCACAGGGCUGCAGUGCUCCCUGAUACCUUGUGGGACCUAUCUCCUAACCAGGACUCUUCCCCCCACCAAAGCAGUCCCUUGUGGCCAGGGUGGUAACCGAGGGGAUAUGUUGUGAAGAUUGACAUAGCCGUGGGCGUGCUUGUGUAAAGGCAGAUCCACCACAACCGUGGCCAACCCCAGCCACUCAGACCAGGGAGAACGGGGCUUCCAGGCCCCCGCGAUGUUCCUGCACUGGCUGGAGGUGGCCCUGGGCCUCUUGGAUUGAGGGCUUGCUUAGUGGAAGCAUUCUGCAGAGACCAGGGAAUCUCCAGCCCUGUAGCAGCUCAUCCAGCAGGUCCCAGGGUGUAACACAACCCUUCACAGGCAGCUGCACCCUCAUGUCCAGGUGCUUGUCAUUCCAGGUGUGUGAUUGAGAGAUGAUUGGCAGUUGCUAUGUGAGCUCUCUGUGCUGCAAGUCAAGACCCCAUCACUUGUAUUCCCAAGCACUGGCAUAUGUUCCUGGGGCUGAGAAGCAAGGGAAGCAGGCAAAACAAAAGAAGGCACAGGAGCUGUCCUCCCCCAAAAGGCCAUCUUAACAUGCCUCUUGGUUGCCCUUCAGAUCUCUGUGGUGGUGGAGCACCAAGAACAGACCCAGCAGCAGAGUUGGAUUGAAAGAGACUAUCAUGGUCCCGAGUGCACUAAUAGCCCUUAAUGGCCCUUACCAGCCUCACUAAGAGCUCUGCCCACACCCUACCCAUGAGCUCCAUUUCUCUUUAGUCUUCAGUCCCUGCUUGAGAAAUGCUGUACUGAUCUCCAGCUCAGCCAUAGCUGUACCUGCCCAUGGAUCUGGACCUGUGGAUAGACGUCCUGGAUUGACCUUGAAACUGUCUUGUCAUUAUGGCCUGUCUAGGAAUCACUGUAAAUUGCUUGGAUCAACACGUUGAAAAGUCUCCAAACAGAGUGGCUUUGAUUUGGGAGAGAGAUGAGCCUGGCACUGCAGUGCACGUCACUUACAGGGAACUUCUGGAUCUGACUUGCCGCCUUGCCAACACCCUGAAGAAAUACGGGAUACAGAAAGGGGACAGGGUGGCCAUCUAUAUGCCCGUGUCUCCCUUGUCAGUGGCAUCCAUGCUGGCUUGUGCCAGAAUUGGUGCCGUUCACAAUGUGGUUUUCGCCGGAUUCAGCGCAGAGUCCUUAGCUGGGAGAAUCAUGGACUCUGGAUGCAAAGCAGUUAUCACCUACAACCAGGGAGUCAGGGGAGGCCGAAUCAUAGAGCUGAAGAUGACCGUGGAUGAAGCUGUGAAGAACUGUCCAAGCAUCAAACAUGUCUUUGUGGCUCAGAGAACAGAUAACAAAGUCCAGAUGGGUGACUGUGAUAUUCCCCUUGAAGAGGAGAUGACCAAGGCAGCUUCCGUAUGCACACCAGAGAGCAUGGACAGUGAAGACAUGCUUUUCAUGCUGUAUACCUCAGGCAGCACUGGGAAACCCAAAGGAAUCGUUCACACCCAGGCUGGAUACCUGCUGUACGCCACUCUCACGCACAAGUAUGUAUUUGACUACCAGCAAGGCGAUGUUUUUGGCUGUGUGGCUGACAUUGGCUGGAUCACAGGACAUAGCUAUGUUGUGUAUGGACCACUCUGCAAUGGAGCCACCUCUGUCCUCUUUGAAAGCACUCCACUGUACCCUGACCCAGGUCGUUACUGGGAAGUGGUACAAAGGUUGAAAAUUAAUCAGUUUUAUGCAGCACCUACGGCUAUACGCUUACUGCUGAAUUAUGGAGAAGAGUGGGUGAAGAAGUAUGACAGAUCUUCCUUGAAGACUUUGGGUUCAGUGGGAGAGCCCAUCAACAAGGAGGCUUGGCAGUGGUUCUACCAGGUGGUGGGAGAAGGGCGCUGCACCCUCGUGGACACGUGGUGGCAGACAGAAACUGGUGGCAUCUGCAUUGCCCCACGACCUUCAGAGGAGAAAGCUGAGAUUGUUCCAGCUAUGGCUAUGAGACCUUUCUUUGGGAUUGUGCCUGUGCUGAUGGAUGAGAAUGGAAAGGUUAUAGAGGGCAAUGAUGUGUCCGGUGCGCUCUGCAUUGCCCAGCCGUGGCCUGGCAUGGCAAGAACAAUCUAUGGAGAUCACCAGCGAUUUGUUGAAGUCUAUUUCAGAGCCUACCCAGGUUACUACUUCACAGGGGAUGGUGCUUACAGGACCAAGCAAGGCUAUUACCAGAUAACAGGGCGCAUGGAUGAUGUCAUUAACAUCAGUGGGCACAGGCUGGGGACAGCAGAGAUAGAAGAUGCAAUGGCUGAUCACCCUGAGGUCCCUGAGACAGCUGUGAUUGGGUAUCCACAUAAGAUCAAAGGAGAAGGUGCCUUUGCUUUUGUAGUGCUAAAGGAGCAGGCAGCUCACGCAGACCGUGUCAAAGAAGAGCUCAAAACCAUGGUGGCUUCCAAGAUAGCAAAAUAUGCUGUGCCUGACCACAUUCUGAUGGUGAAACGUCUCCCUAAAACCCGAUCAGGGAAGAUCAUGAGAAGGCUGCUGAGGAAAGUAGUCACUGAACAAUCAAACAACAUGGGAGAUGUCACCACACUUGAUGAUCCAAGUGUUGUUAAGGAGAUAUUGGAUGCUUACCAGAAAUACAAGGAGAAAAGUUCCUCAUAACAGGCAUCCCUGGAAUCUGUCUCCUUCAAAAAUGUGAAAGGUCUCAAACAACCAGGCAAAUGACAUAGUUCUCUCUUUGUGUUUUUUUAAAACCUGUUUCCUUCUAAGGGAACAAGAUUUUCCACUCCACAACAUACUUUGAGGUGCACAGGGCUAGGACCAAUCUGCACUUUCACACAGUCAGUGAGCUCCUUUUCAUUGCUUUUAGGGCUGUUGUAGAGCAGCCACUGGUGGUUUCAAUUAGCUAUGAUGAAAUUUAAUACUAGCUGAAGAAAGAUGCAGAUGUUAAUGUUUCUCAUUUUAAUGUUACUGUACAGGGAAAUGUUUUUUUAUACAGUACUUCUUGCUGUUUUAAAAGAAGACCUGGAGUACAGUUCUUCAAUUUUUCCUUCAGCUUGGAUAUCUGAGUCCAGGCAGCUGUAUUUCACUGCAACUGCAGUAGCUUUUCAGAGGUGCAGCAUAUUCUAGAAGAUGUUUCAUAUGCAUUAUUAGGGAAAUGAGAAGGAUGUGGCUAGUCUGGUAAUUCUUCCUUGACUUUACCCAGUUAUUCUAAUACCUCCUUUGCCUUUCCUCAUAUGGAUUUGUUCCUACCACCAUGUUUCCUGGGAUUUGCCAGAGAUGGUGAGCCUGUGGCCCUUCAUGUUGCACCUAGGUAAACCCAGCACGAGCACUUGCCCUUGCAAAGCCUACUACUGGACUUCUGACAUGUCCUUAAUGCCAGUUACGUGGGAGAGACUUGGUCCCACAUGUUUUUAUUCUACCUUGAGAAAUCGAGAUCGCCAACCAAGCUUAUAAAAUAAGUGUCCUCUUCCUCCUCGGUAAUGAUGUCUCAGUGUUGUCCAUUGUGGUUCACUUCUGCAUAUUAGGAGUGGUGGUCUGCAAAUGGUAGAUCUUUGUUUCCAGUCUGUGAUUUGUGCAAAUGUCUUUGUUUCUUGAAGUUGCUAUGAAAAGGGGUGCUGUUUGUUUUCUAUAUGUGAGAGAAGCAUUGGGAAAUGAAAUCCCGAAGCGCUCAGGAGAAGUUUGAAGCUGAAGGAGUUGUGCUGGAGAGUUCAUUGUGGUUUGCCAGGCUUUGUGAUUUCUGAUCAAGAAAUAGUUAUUUUAGCCCACUCCAAAACGGCUUGUAAUCUUCUUUGCUCCAACUAAGACAGGCUGAGGUAGGUUCAUUCUCCUGUCGGAAGUUAUGACAAUUCUUACUGUUUCAAGUGGGCCCUACCAUGUCUGCCUCUUCUACAUACUGCCAUGCUGAUUUUCCAAAGAGUUAAGUGCCAUGUGGGUACCCACAAACUGCACAGUCCACAAAAUAAAAGUGCCUCCUAGAUGCCUUUUGGAAAGCAAUACUAGCAUUCCAGACUGGCAGCCUCAGAAUAGCAUGGAAGGAAAGCCUUUGUCUUUCAUAUGCUUUCAGAAUUGCAGCUAAUAAAGUCAGUGUUUUAUUUCUGGACUUGUUUUAUCAUGAACACAUUUCAGUUGAAGCACUCCAUCUUUGGGCUGUUCAGAAGAACUUGCUGGUAGAUCUUCAGUCCUCUACUACGCCACUGAAGGUCAUGGAAAAACCUGUAGGUGCCGAAUGUGUUUGGUAUUUCUGCCACUCCUAAAUUAGGCUUAAACGGGCUGAUGGGUUCAUGGUGAUUGGAGGGACCAAGAGUGUAUCAGAGAGGCAUGGCAGAGGCUCCCUUCCCUCUCCCUGAUGCAAAAGCUCAAGGUGUACACCAGCAUAGCAUGCACAGUGCUGAUCCUGGGAGUGUGCGCCACAAGGGCUCCGGCAGAACUUCUCCAUCUUAAUCUCCCUAAGCCAAGAGGCUGCUAACCACCAUUUCAGUGCUGUGGCUGUGGCCACUCCAUCAAACCUUGCAGUUCUGCCUGUCUUUCUCAGAUGACAGUCUGCUUAGUUUCACAGAGCUCUUUGUUUUAGCCUGCCAACCCCCUGAGCACUGGCAGAAUUGCCAAUUUUUGCCCUAGUUUUACAAGGGUGACUUAUUCCUGAAUUUAAUAUGAGCAACACUGCUGCUUCCAGUGGGAGUCCGUACUGGAAAGACAAUUUGUGCUCCUAACUGGAAGCAGGAAAGGCAGGUGGGACUGGGAAAGGAGUGGUCAGGUUUUUUGGCCAGCAGACAUGGGUGUGUUGUCUUAGAUCCCAGAGUUCCUUCAAGGACACUAGCUGAAUUUGCUGUAAAAAAUAUACAUAUUUUAAAUGUCUCUAGGGACUGGGUAGUACAGUAGGGAAUACUAUGCUUUGUUAAAUAUCCCAUCCUUCUGACUGCAAUGAUUUUAUGUAAGGUAAGUAGACACCCUGUGGACUUUCUGGGAAGUGGAAGAUCAGACGGUUUGAAUAGAGUUGACAGGAUAGGAGACAGACACUACUUUAUUGCCAUUGCAAAUGAAAACAAAAAACACAACCCACUUCAUUAAGUGGGAUUUUCAAGUAGGAAGCAGACAAAAGUUAAUGUUUUUGACAGAAAAGGUAGACUCCCUUGUUUAAACAAGUUGUCUCCAUGCAGUCUGAAAUACAGUGUGAAGGAAGAAAAAAUACUUUUGAACAAGAUUACACUUAGUCAAGAAAGCGUUCCAUAUAUUAUGGACAUAGAAUUUUCUUGCCUUGUUGACCUGCAAUUUCCAUGCUAAAGUGUGACCCAGUGGUGAGAGACACAUGUUUUAAUUCACCUGAACUGUUUUACAAGCACUAGGUGUGUGAGGAGCACUGUGCUUUGGUGCAUUGAGACAUUUGUCAUCCAAUUCCUCUGCUGAGGGAAAACGAGAUAGGCACACUCCCUCACCUGCAUCCACCUUGCCAGGACUUGGGGACCAUGUCUGCCAGGGAGGUUACAGUCUGACCAGGCAGCUGCAGAACCCAGAUAAAUACGUAGCUAUGGUGCCAGUGGGGAGCUGUAGAUGCCCCAUCCUUUAAAGUGUUGAAGGGCAAGCUGGAUGGGUCUUGAAGCAGUCUGGUCUAGUGAAAGGUGUUUUGGUCAAUGGCAGGGAGAUUGUAACUAGAUGAUCUUUGAGUUCCUUUCCAUCCAAGCCUCAUUUCCACAGCUCAGAUGUGGUGCUUGGGAUGUCCAUCUGCUCAGAGGCCCCCUCAGGGUAUUCAAAGAGAGCGCAUGGUGCAGUUGUGCUGCCCAGUAUGGUGUUCUGCAGUGGACACAGCUUGUGCUGGGCAGCCUCAGUCUGGUAAAACUGCACUUCUGCAAGUGAACCAGUGUUGGCUCUCGGAGCUAACAGCCCAUGCUCAGCUCAUAUAAGAGCACCCUGAGCCUGGUAGAAACAGAACUAGGGAGGGCUUGGAACUAGCACUUAUGAAAAGGAGGAUACUGGGCUUCACUGAGUAGGCUACUCACAGAAAGCUUAAAUUAAAAUUUAAAUUUUAAAUUUUCUUUCCAGAGAUUAAAUUUUCCAUCCAGAGGAGUUCCCAUUUCUUCUUUUUACUCAUGACCUCUGCUAAAUGUGGCAGUUUCCUUUUCACUGCAUGCCUGAGUUGAGCUUUGCACUUUCACAAACAACAGCACACUGUGUGCUGACAGUGCUUUCUACUUUGCAUGCCACAGUCUCACGCCCCCUUCUCAGGCUUGUGAUUCAGGGAGGGAUUCAGCCCACAGAACUAGCACUGGUUUCCUCAGUGCUUGAAAUGCUCGGAAGGAGACAGCUAGUGAAGGACCCCAGGCCUACAAGUCUUAAGAGCUGAUCUUCACCAAUCAGUGAAGGAGACGGAUAUCUGUGGGAUUGUGGGACAAACUGGGGGGCAAUUGCUUCAUUUAGAAAAGCAGAGUUGUUGAAUUCUUGCUGAAACCUUUAUGUGGCCAUGAGUGAUGUAUGGGUUAUUUGUCAGAUUGCCUUUGCAGCUUGAUCAAAAGUGAUCCAGAGUCAACUUUACCAGCUGUAGUUUGUUGCAAAGGGCAAAUGGGCUUGCUUUUGUUUCCCCAGUCUAAUGUUAAGUCUGUAAUUGGAUUUUGUUUACUUGUAAUCAUGCUUGAAAUAUAUUUGUUGUCCUUGACCAAAACUAGUUUCUUCAGUGAUCUCUGGAUUCGUAUUUUCAUUGAAGGAAAUACAUGUGAUGGAUUGGCUUUGCAUCAUAGGUGUUGGGCCCUCCAUUACCUAAGGAGUCUGUGACUUUCUCAGUUCUCUGAACUUUCAGAGAAAGGCAAAGGAGUUUGAUGAUCAGGGUGAAUCAUCUUGUGAUCCAAAUUGCUGAUUUGCUUUGCUCCUUUUCUCUAAACAGUUGCUCACAGGAAAUGAGUUAAUACCAGAAAACUGCCCCUGCAAAACAAGUCAAAGUUGAAGAACUAGCAUUUCAGUGUCAGUAAGCUGCAUGUUUCAUGUAAAUUCUGAGGUCCUACUGCUCUACACUUUUUCCUGUGUGAUCCAAACAGAGAACAAUUAUUGGGAACAAUAAAUUAACAUUAGCUGAUAUGGAUAGUUCAACUACUAAUCUCCUUGCUUUGUGCACACCUUGCACAAGUGAAAAGGAGUAAAAACAGGAUGCAUGUGGGGAACAUGAGAAACAGCUUUGUGUGGAAAGUGCACAGCUGUUCCAGAGUACAGCACAUGAGAAAAAAUUUCUUUCCAGGUGGCACGUAUCAUUUGUAAGUGCCAGGAACACAUCCUCUGCAGGGUGUCUGGUCCGCUAAGAAGUGAGGAAGACUGUGUUUCACUCUGUGCAUACCACA